GAAAACGACUUUGCCGUUCUUAAAGAACAGCAAAAUAUGCUAACUUAAUUUUACUUUUCUUAAAAAUGGGAAGGAUAUGUGUGGUUUGCCUAGGUGAUGGGCUACAGUUUGAGAGGAUAAGAAUACACCAUUUCCUUCUACACUGCCGUAAGAUUUCUGGGAAGUCAGUACUUUGAAUUCUGCUAUCCCCUCUAGAUACCAAAACAUAUCUUUAGUGUUCUGUUUCAAAUCAACACCCACUCCCACCAGGCGCACUUAUUCUCGAGACUCAGCGGUCAGCUAAUGACGUUUUAAAUGACGCAGUCAGCAAAGAACCUCUCCCUUAGCCCAGCCUUUCUCAGACUUUCUUAAGGACCUGGUGAGUCAGUUACACUCGGCUUUCGUUUGCUUCUCUCUUAACUCCUUAGGGUGCCGCUCGGCGUUUGAUUAGUAAGGCUCCGCAGAGACAGGAAGUGAGAUAUUCCACUGUUCUGCGUUCGAUGGGGGGACGUAGCAGUUUGGGUCCGACCGUACCAUUUAGCGGCUGGGCUGGGGGGGGAGGGAGUUGGGCGUAGGGCGCCAUUGGGCAGCACGCUCCGAGGACGGGAAAAUGGCGGCCUUGGGGUCCCCGGCGCGCACUUUACGAGGCCUUCUACGGGAAUUGCGCUACAUGAACGAGGCCACGGGCCGACCCUAUCGUGACACCGCGGCCUAUCGGUACCUCGUGAAGGCUUUCCGUGCACAUCGGGUCACCAGUGAGAAGCUGUGCAGAGCCCAACAUGAGCUUCAUUUCCAAGCUGCCACCUAUCUCUGCCUCCUACGCAGCAUUCGAGAACACGUGGCCCUUCAUCAGGAAUUUCAUGGCAAGGGUGAGCGCUCAGUGGAGGAGUCUGCUGGCUUAGUGGGUCUCAAGUUACCCCAGCAGCCUGGAGGGAAGGGCUGGGAGCCAUGAGAAUGGAGAGAGUCCUUGGAUGCUGCCGUCAUAGAAGAAUUUCAUCAUCUUUCAAUAUGUAUUUAUCAUUAAAUUUUUAUUUAAGUUUA